AUGAGCCGGAGCGUAAAUGCUUUCGUAGCCCUUAUCCGGACGCACCAUAUCACGAGCCGUAAGAAGCUCGCCCGUGUCAGGAAAGCCGCCGCUCUGUACGAUCUGCAUGUCCUAGUCAGGAGCGGCGGUUCGCCCGGCAUCAUGUACGCGGAAGGACCCGAUGAGGCUGCCGUCAACAAUUGGGUCAACGGCGUGCAGGCUUUGAGAUAUAAAGAUUUUCAAUGCGUCCAGAAACCGGCCGCUAAGUCCAUCCAGGUCGCCGAUCGCGCAAGCGGUGGCGGUUUCGAAGAAGUUGCUUCCGUAGCGGAUUUCGGCGAGAGGAUGGAGAGACGGGGUCUGGGAAGCUGGUGGAAAAUUGGGAUGGGUUAUAUAUCAGAGUAG